AUGAAAAUAUCUGAAGAGAUUAAAGGUAAAUUCAAACAAUUAGUAGAAACAUAUCAAAAUAUAGUUGAUGAAUACACCGAUUCAAAUCUAAAUGAUAAUUUAUUAAACGGAGAAUUAGAUUUGUGGUACACUAAAUAUUCAACUUUAACAUCUUCUGAACUCAAGAACAAAAAUGCUAUUGAAGUAUACUUCCAAACCUGUCCAGAUGUUUAUCCAAUAAUAUCUAAGCUUCUUCAAAUAUUCAUUACACUUCCAGUAUCUAUUGCCACGGGAGAACGAUCGUUUUCAACACUCCGUCGUUUGAAAACUUAUUUGAGAAAUUCUUCUGGACAAAUACGUUUAAAUGGUUUAGCCUUACUUAAUAUUCAUCAUGAUAUUAACGUGGAUAUUAAUGAUGUUCUAGAUGAACUUGCUAAAAAAUCGAAACGAAAAUUGAAUAUAAAUUUAACGUGGACUCAAUUGGUACAUCAAUUUAAUUGA